GAAGGGUCCGUUUUUGAAGGGAGGGUCCUCGGAGUUGAUCAAUAUAUGAGGGAGCCUGUCAAACUCCAAAAGAUCAUCUCACCAAUUUUUUUUCUCUUCACUCUUCUUUACAAUCUUUUGGCAUAUUUCUAAUACAUAUCCUUUGCUUUGCGGUAUUUCCACAUCAUCCGUUUUCUCACAUCAUCCCACUGGGCUUCACCGUCAUGGUCCAGCUAUGGUCCGUCUCGGCGAUUUUCGCCCUGCACAUUCUCCGUCUUGAAGCGGCAGCCCUCGGAAACGAACCUCGUUAUGCGGUAUCUACGGAUUUGCAGAUCCGAGCUCUUCCCGACUCUCCCAGUGGUGGCUACUCUCCAGAGGUUGUCGACUGUCCUCGCACGCGACCUACCAUUCGCUCAGCAGAUGCUCUCUCGGAUGAGGAAACCUCGUGGAUUUCUGUCCGCAGAAACAACACCUUUGAUCCUCUGCGUAAGCUUCUUGAGAAUGCCGCCAUCCCCAACUUCAACGCGAGUUCCUACCUUGACAGGAACCGCGACAACACCACAGCCAUCCCCAACAUUGGCAUCGCAGUCUCUGGCGGUGGCUAUCGCGCCCUGAUGAACGGAGCCGGGUUCCUGUCAGCUGCCGACUCACGUAACGGACACGACAGCGCCGUCAGCGGGCUUUUGCAGGCGUCGACUUACCUUGCCGGGCUAUCCGGUGGUGGCUGGCUCGUGGGGUCAAUGUUUGCCAACAACUUCUCCACCAUCCCCGAUCUGCAAAAGGGCGAAGAAGACUCUUCCAACUGGCGAUUUGACCGAUCUAUUUUCAAGGGACCAAAGGAGAGUGGUAUUGGAGCUUUGAACACGGUCGAUUACUGGUCUGAGAUUGCGACCGACGUUGGCAACAAGAGUGAGGGCUGGGACACUUCCAUCACCGAUUACUGGGGCCGUGCCCUGUCGUAUCAGCUCAUCAAUGCCGAUCAAGGUGGUCCCGCGUAUACGUUUUCUUCAAUCCAGGAUACGUCCGCCUUCAAGGAUGCCGACACGCCUUUCCCGAUUCUUGUUGCCGACGGAAGAGCUCCUGGAGACUUUAUUGUAUCCUUGAACGCCACCGUCUUCGAGUUUAACCCUUACGAGCUUGGCACCUGGGAUCCUACCACUUACGGAUUUGCUCCGCUGCGUUGGUUGGCGUCCAACUUCACUAAUGGUUCCAUUUCGCGCAAUGGAAAAUGUGUACGCGGAUUUGAUCAGUUUGGCUUUGUCAUGGGUACUUCUUCAUCUCUCUUCAACCAGUUUCUGCUUCAAAACGUCUCCGCUCUUGGCGAGGACUCUGGUAUCCCAUCUUUCAUCACAGAUGCUCUUGAGAACAUCCUCAAGGGUCUCAGCGACGAUGAGAAUGACAUUGCCCAGUACGCACCUAACCCGUUCCGAGGCUGGAACCCCGACACGAACCCCAACAGCAAGGAUUUCCAACUCUCGCUGGUAGACGGUGGUGAGGAUCUGCAGAAUAUUCCCCUGCACCCGUUGAUUCAGCCCAAUCGUGGUGUGGACAUCAUCUUUGCUGUCGACUCGUCUGCCGAUACUACAUACAACUGGCCAAACGGCACUGCUCUGCGAGCUUCCUAUGACCGUUCUCUGGAGGAUAUUGGCAACGGUACCCUGUUCCCUCCUGUGCCUUCUGCCGAGACUUUCAUCAACAACGGCCUUAACCAACGUCCUACCAUGUUUGGCUGCGACGCCAACAACUUUACACUCUCCAGAGGACAGGUUGUGCCGCCCAUUGUUGUCUACGUACCGAAUGCACCCUACACGGCCUCUAGUAACGUCUCGACAUUCACGCCAUCUUAUAGCAUCACACAGCGCGACCAGAUCAUCACAAACGGCUUCAACUCGGCCACCCAAGGCAACGGCACUGUGAACAAGGACUGGCCCGUUUGCGUUGCCUGUGCCAUCAUGAGCCGAAGCUGGUGGAAGGCCGGAGAGACUGUUCCUGAUGCAUGCCAGACUUGCUUUGACAAGUACUGCUGGGACGGCAAGACUAACAAUACUCGAGUCAAUGACUAUGAGCCUAGCUUCAUUAUUAAGAAUGAGAGUGGGGAUAGUGACAACGCUGCCGCUGGACUUGGACAUAACUUUGCGCUUACUGUUGGAGUUGCCUUGGCUGUUGUGUUCUUUGGAUACUAAGACUGAUGAUGUGGAGAGUAGUUGGAUAGGGUGGAAGUUUGCAUGAGCGUGUUUCUUGUACUGUCUUAUAACGCUGAGCUAGUUUUGAUUCACUGUCGAUGCCUUGAAUAGUGCUUCAAAUUGAAAACAGUAGCCUAAG